AGAGACCUAGCAAAACACCAAUUUGGUGUUGGUGAUCACCAUCAUCACUAUAUCGAGUUUCAUCAGUUCUGAUAUUCAAACGUUAUCAGAAUUGAGCAGAGUUUGGAGGGUUUAAGUUAAUUAAAAACAGAUUAGGAAUUACAAAUUAAGAAGAUCGAUAAUGGGGCACCAUUCUUGCUGCAACCAACAGAAGGUUAAGAGAGGGCUUUGGUCCCCUGAGGAAGAUGAGAAACUGAUCAGAUACAUCACAACUCAUGGCUAUGGCUGUUGGAGUGAAGUCCCAGAAAAAGCUGGGCUUCAAAGGUGUGGUAAGAGCUGCCGCUUGAGAUGGAUUAAUUAUUUAAGGCCUGACAUUAGAAGAGGGAGAUUUACUCCAGAAGAAGAGAAAUUGAUUAUUAGCCUCCAUGGGGUUGUAGGCAACAGAUGGGCUCAUAUAGCAAGCCAUCUGCCGGGAAGAACAGACAAUGAGAUUAAGAACUACUGGAAUUCAUGGAUCAAAAAGAAGAUACGAAAGCCUUCCACACCUUCAAGUGCUACCACAAUAAGUCCACCACCUAGUGUUGAUCAUCAUCAGCAUAUAAUUCCCCAACUGGGUAAUUACAAUAAUCAACUAGAUUUUGCACACCAAGAUUUGAGUACGACCAUAAAGCCUCAAGCUCAAGAAACCCUCUUUUCUUCAACAUGCCCUAUGUUCAUGUUUGAUACAAGUACUACUGCCAAUAUUGAAGCCGCUCCAGACAGUUACAAUGCUCGUGGGGAGAUUUUCCAAGACAUGAUUGUCACGACUGGUUUGAACUCAUCUGAGCCGUGGAAUUUGAAUCAGCAUCAAGUCCAGGCUUUCCCACCUCCGGUGACAAUGUCAUUUAAUACUACAAGUAGCAGUACUAAUAAUAUUACCAUGAAUACAAACUAUUUGCCACCGUUGAUCGAGAACAUGGACAACAUGGUACCGAACGUUGAUCAUCACCACCAUCACCAUCAUCAUCAAUCUUGUAACAAUAUUGAUGAGGAGGGAAAUCAUGAUCAGAUAGCCUUGGAGUGCUUAAUGCAAAGGCAGGAGUUGAAUGAAUGGGUUGUUUCCCAACAACAAUGUUCUAGCUUUCUAUUUUGGGACAGUGUUGUUGAUGAUCAAGCGACAGUUCUUGUUGGACAAGAUCACGGUAUUGCACAUCCAACUUCAUCAAACGCAGUACAACUCUCUUCUUUUCCUCCAUCUCUAUAAGAUAUUAAUGGUGGUCUGAACAACGUGCACUGCUGUCCCUCCUAACUUUACCAUGCACCUGUGCACCUCUCUCUCUCCCUCUCUCUCUUUCUCUCUUUUCUGAAGUUCUUUUGAAAAUGGUCCAGGCUUUUGAGUUCAGAGUUUGUUUUCUUUAAUUUUGGGGUGAGAUUGAUCGAUUGUGAAAUUAAAGUGAGCUGUACAUAAGAAAAUGCAUGAAUGUUUAUUUAAUUUGGAUUUGGGAACAGAAGAGGAAUGAAUAAUACAUGCAACGCGACCUUUGAUCA